GGGUGGAAAGCCCAGCCUUGCCCCAGCUCCUCCUGGCCAAAUGCUGUAGGCAGGAAAUGGAGGGCUCUGGGCUCUGCCUGGGUCACUCUGCUAGCGUGGUGGACCUGGGAAUGGAGUCCCGGUUCAGGUAACUGCCUUAUUGCUAGAGGACAGCUAGCAGCUGGGCCUACCAGCCCUGUUCAGGGAGAGGAGUGAGGAGUGUCAGGUCCCAGGACCCCCCAGCCUCUUGCUCUGUGCCCUCAGGCAAGUCACCUCUCUCUGGGCCAUGACCUUACCAUCUGUCACAUGGGGGUGGUGGUGAUAUUGGGUGUUCUCCAGGGACAGAGCCAACCCAGAGGACUUGCAAGCUGGUAACUUGGUGGGGAGCCGGGCAAGGCCCUCUCAUGUCCUCUCCGCUCACAGGCUUGGGCCCUGGAGCACCACUUCAGGAAGGAAAAGGCCAUCUGCCCUGGGCUGCUCAGCCCUUGGCACUAGGCAAGGGCAAGAGCAAGGCUGCCAUUCUCCCUCCCCUCUUUCUUCCAUCUCCCUCUCCUCUGCUCCGGGGUUGCUCUUAGGCUGUGGAAUGAAUCAGUGGGGCCAGGCUCUGUCCUGCACUUAAGCACACAGGUGACAGGGCCCUGAGAUGGGUGGGUGGCCCCAUCUCCCUUUCCCCUGCCUGCCAUCGGGUCUAGCACCACCCAUUACAAAGGGGGUCACCCCAUUCCAGGCAUGCAGCUGGAUGGCCCCUGUGACGGAGAACACUAUGGACUGCAUGUGUGGAGAAGCACCUGCACCUCGAGGCUGGGCUGUGAGGAGCACAGUCCUGCAUAGGGGCCUGCGGCCUGACCCCACCCUCACUGGGAACCCCCUUCCUUCCUGGGUGCCAGCCCCAGAACUGGAACGAGGAGCUGCAGGCAGUGAGGGACCUGCCAACAGGAACCGACCUGAGCAGCUGCUGCAAGGAAGAGCCAUGUUCAAGGGGCCCGAAGCCCCUGGAGCUGCCAGAGGGGUGCUCCCGUGCCACCUUCUCCUGCACCUACAGACACAGCUUCUGUUGCUUGCGCCAGGAGCUGGUGGAUGCCUUCGUGGAGCACAGGUGAGGAGCAGCCCUGUGAGGUUGGAGCUGCAGCCGCUGCACCCUGUUGGGGGCACGGGCGCCCUGGGUUGUUCUGGGGCUGGAUCUUUGAGGAGAGAAGCUCUGCACAGUGGAGCAGGGCUCCUUCUGGCCACACUCACUAAAUCCCCUUCCCCAUCCCCCACCCUCCUUGCCAUGAGGCUCCCAAAUGCAGAUCGGGAGCUUUGUGUUGGUUGCAAGCUAGCAAGCAGUCAAACCAGUGGCCCAGCUGAGCUGUGCUGUUCUCUUUAGGAGCAUUUGGAAGUCGCUGGGUGGUUGUGAAGGUCACAGUCCCUGAGUGUUGCUGCUGCUGGUGUUUCGUGCUUAGGAGUUGACCAUGUUCAAUGUCCUACACACAAGUAACUCUUUUUCAGAAGCCAGAGGCAUUCCUGUCUCUGUUGAGAGUCCUGGCCUGAUGGGGACCCCCAUCUGUCACCUCCAUACUCUGGCUGUCUUCUUCCUCUCUGGGGAGAUCUGGUAGCCACCAUCUUGUUGCUUGGGUGUGUGAGAGCAAAGCUGAGUUCUGGUCGGCCUUGCAGCAGAAGGAAGCUGACAGCAUCUAUUAGGCACAGGUGGGCUGUGCCAGGGCUGGCGGGCUGAACUGCACCUGUGGGUAGCUGACCCUUUCCUGCCUCUGCUCUCUCCCCUGUUUUUGGGUUAGAACCUCAAAGGCCUGGCCCAGGAGGCCGUGGCCCAGCAGUGCACUGUGAACAGGAUCUACCCAUCGGCUACAGUGCCAGUGUCCCGCCCCUCCAGGUGUGUCCAUGGGUGGAGCCCGGCCCCCACCCAGCCCAAGUAGGAUGAGCCUCACUCACAGCUCAUCCCCACAGCCCCUCGGUUCACAGCUCCCAGCAUGGCCAGCGUCUUACAGCAGCUCCAGGUCGUCAGAGACAUCCUCCUCAUUCCUCUUCGCUGGGGCCCCUCCACAGCUUGCUACUUAGAAGUUGGCCUUUAGUUUUUUAAGAUAUGUAAUAUGCUGACAUGGCCCAAAAUUGAAAAGUGCAACCAGUGAUGAGAAGUUCCUUGUGAAUCUUUCCAGAAAUACUCCAUGUGAUCUUUUCUCCCCUUUUUUCCUUUGAAAGUGUGGCAGGCCUCACAUGAAGGUUAUUAUUGUUUACUUCAUUUAACAAUAUUUCUUGGUGAUCUUCCAUUUCAGUUCCUAAGGAGUGGCUUUAUUCCUUCCCAGCUGCCUCUCACUCCAGUGCAAAGUGUGCCUUAGGAGCAGGCCCUGAGGACUCCUGCAGUGCUGACACAAGCAGUGCUGCCUUUGGGAGCCUCUAACCUCCCGCCUUGUCUCCCCUCAUGGUGGGAAAGGGGUUUGGUCAGCCAGGGGUGUCAGCAGCCCUGCCCCACACCCAUUGUCUACACCCAGUCUGGUAGCAAGGAGGCCACAGAGUGCAGCGAUUGGAACUCGGUGUGAGAGUGAGAGGCAGCUGGGCCCUAGGCUGAGUCACGUGCGUGGAAUCCUGACUGUCAGCAAUUAGGGAACUUUUUGUUUUGGGAGGGAAGCACUUGUUUGACACGUCUCACUGAAUAUGGCACAGACCCUGAUCUGUCUCAAGCGGGAGUUUAACCAAGCUAGAGGGGGGCCGAGGGCCCUGGCCCAGUCUGUUAACCACCUCCUCUCCUGCCAGAAGACUAAGAGAAUCUGAUAGCAGAGGUGGUGCAGCACCACCAGCUCCAGGAAUCCAGUAAAACAGGGAUAGGGCAUUCUGGGAGGUCGAGGUGGACGGAUCACUUGAGCUCAAGGGUUGGAGACCAGCCCAGGCAACAUGAUGAGACCCCAUCUACGAAAAAGUGCAAAUACUAGCCUGGUGUGGUGGUGUGACCUGUAGUUGCAGCUACUUGGCAGUUUGAGGUGGGAGGAUCACUUGGACAGGUCCAGGCUGCAGUGAUCCAUGAUUGUGCCGCUGCACCACAGCCUGAGUGAUAGAGUGAACCCCUGUCUCAAAAACAAGAAAACAGAGUUAGGGAUGAGGACCCUAUGGUCACUGAGCCUGAGCCAGCCGGACCAGAGGAACUGAGCUCUCAGUCCUGUGGCUGCCAAGGAAACUUCUCCCUCGAGCUUACAGGGGUUGAGAGGGAGAGACAGAGGGACAGUCAGCGGCCCUAUUAUCGGUGUUGCAGACUCCAGAGGAAGGGGGCAGGCUUGCAGAUCAGAAGAGGAGGUGAGCCCCUCUUCCACGUUCCACCCCUACCAUCCUCCUGGGACCCCAGCUUGCAAGCCCUCCUAAAAGAUGCUUUUGCACUGGUUUAGUGAAUAUGCAAUGCAGAGGCCUAAUUGAAGACUCAUAAAUGGAGUGUACGGUCUUCAGUUCCUAGCUGUGGGACCCCUUGGGUUCCUAAUCUUUCCCUCAGGCUCCCCAUAUUUCCUUCAGCCUCCCCAUCUUCCAGCAGGGGUGUGGAGGGUGUGAGUAUUGAUCUGUCCUUCCCAGCCUGUACAUUGCCCCGAGACAGUUGAGUGGAUGACCAGAUGGGAUUUCUCAGCUCAUCUGCAUGGUUGACAUUAUGGCUUCUGCUUUUACUGCCACAACUCCCAGGCCCAACCUGGCUUAAUGUCUUAAGUCGUAAGCCAAAAAAGAUGGGGAGCCAGGGCUCUGUGGCAGGGCUGGGGUUGGGGUGCACUUUAGUUUUGUGGCAGGAUGAAGUCUGCAGUGGUUUUAUUUAUCAUGAUUGGCCUGGUGGUAGCUCCAGGCUGAGGGGGACUGGUUUGUCAGUGGUGGUCCCCUAGAUGUCCCUGUGCCCAGCCUGGCCUGUUUGCCCUCAAGCCCAGCAGGAGGUGCUGCCACAGGCUCUGACUGGCCUCCCUGCUCCCUGUACCCCAGAUGGACAUAACCUUGGGGUCUACAGUCUGAAUAUAUCAUUCUCCCCAUUUUAACCUGAGCUACCUGACACGGAGUGUGGGGUGGGUAAGGGACCUGGGGAACCAGGGCCGAAUCAUGGAUCCUGGGGAAAGGUUACAGACACAGGAGGGGUUGUCACCUCUCUGUGGAGCCCCGCUUCUGGCCACACAGCACCUUCUUCAGAGACUAACUCUGGGGGUGGCAGGGAACCCCACAGGCCACGGCUGGACCCUCUCUCCACCUGUCUGUGCCUGCUAUUGGAGCCUGGACUGGGGGAGGAGAUUACUACCUUGUGAGCCUGAGGGAGCCACAUUAGGCUGUGACCUCUGCCUGGGGCUUUGCAGAGAGUUGCUUAUGGGUGUAGUGUCACCAGACACCUUGUUUCAGAGGGGGUGGGCAUUGCUGGCAAGUGGAGCACCCCCACAGCUGAUGAGGAACUUUUUCUCAUUUUUGAACCAUUGUGUCUUCAUUUCACAUUGGAAUAAAGUGAGAUUUUGGAA